AUGGUCACUGGGGUCAUCGCCUCCUUCCAGUCGUCCGAAUGCAUGCUGUUAGCAGGGCUGAGACCACCGCCUGGCGCCUGGAUACUCCCUGGCCAGAAUCGGCCCGCGUCCAGCAAACCCAAUGGCCCAGAUUCGCCCGACAAGCCGGAUGGGAAAGAGAGUGAGGAUGGGAAAGACAAGGGCGAACAGGCACAACCACCCGCAACAUCAGAGACGAGCGAGAAUCCUGCAGAGACCAACAAGCAACAGCUUUUCUCCCCUCUACCCUCCGCCAGAGUGCGGGCGACCAACUCCAGCGCGACGAGCAACGGGCUCCCUCCAGUCAACCUUCCGCGCUGGUUUCUAGACGAGCACGUACGCAUCUCGAAUUCAGAUGAUGCCUCAGAGCAUCAACUUUGGAACAGCCUCUGGCGCUACUUCCAACCCAACCGCUCUGCUUCGAGCCCCGGCCAGGAGCUGAGCGGUAUCUGGGCGUCCGCUGUGCCUGACGAUGCGAGGGCAACGUCCCCCGAGCAGGCCCUUGGCCGAGAGCUCAUUUCGACCAUCUCUGCCGAGCUAAACGCGACGCCUCCCCCGAUAAGGGCUACCAAGGAACCCAAAAGGCGACCCAUCUCGCUGCUGUAUGUACACAACUACAAGGGCGGUCGGGUUGCGAAUGACAUUGUCGGACAUGUUGCCACGGAGCUGGCUGCUGAUGUUAUACACCUGGACGCCACAAGAUUGGCCAAUAUUGUUGGAACAUACCUGGGCUCGACGCUCUACUUUGGCCGUGCCCAGAUGUCGAUGCUGGGCUACUUCGCAGCUGAAGCGAAUGGCAGAUCCUUCACCACUCCUUCGAUGAUGGAAUUUGAGGACGAUCUGCCAGCCAAGGGGGUGCGUAUCGUGAAGCUUCUGUCGCAAGUCCGAGACGACCGCGCAACGUGGGAUGAUCUCAAGUCAUCUCAUGCCCUCAAAGAGAUCGUAAACUCAGCCGGUACCAAGAGGAAGCUGAACGGACAUCCGGACAAGCCGGAGCGGCUCAUACUGCACGUGCAUAACUAUGUUGAGCUCAUGAUGACGGCAGAGGGAGCAUCUAUCCUCGACAGAUUACGAACUAUCGUCGACCGUCUGUGGCAGGAGGGAUCCAAUACUAUUAUCGUGGGCUCUGUUUCCAAUGACAAGAAUGCUUCUAAGCAGUGGCACAAUAAAGUCAAGGAGUUGAGCAACAGUGACUGCUAUCCUAUCAUUUUCUCUCCUAGCAACGACGAGCUUCCAGAGCUCGAAUUAUGGGAACAGCAGGACAAUGUUCUGGACAAUCUGAGCAACAUCAAUUGGAUGCUGGAAUGUCUCAGAGACGAGCAGACACGCAUAUCACUACCACUCAAUCGCUCCGAGUCUAACCCUAAUGAGGCUGUGAAUGAGCUCGUCACCUACCUCUCGAGUGGCAUCUACUCGAACCACUGGGUAUAUCGAAUCUGUACACAAGCCAUUGGUCUGGAAAGGCAGACUGGCACACUCGAUGCCUCGACGCUUGCCUCGGCUCUCAAACAGAUGAGAAUGGUAGAUGAAGCGCGCUCCGAAAUAGUCGGAAAAUCUGCAGAUUCUUCCACUUUGCCUUCACUACCCUCAAGCUCCCCAAUACAGGAGCUCAUGGCCUUGGGCAACACGAACACCCCCGAGGCCACUUCUGAUCGGCGCAAAGGCCCUCCUGGUGAUCUCGAUGAAGAGGAAAAAAAGCUUCUCCCAGGCAUCGUCAAUGUGGACGAGAUACAUACAACUUUCGAUGAAGUAAUUGUGCCGCCUGAGACCCGCGAGUCUCUGAUGGCCCUUACAACCCUUUCCAUUCAGCAUCCCAAGGCAUUCUCAUAUGGAGUACUCGCACGCGAGCGCAUCCAUGGCUGUCUGCUGUAUGGCCCACCGGGAACUGGCAAGACCCUGAUGGCCAAAGCAGUCGCGAAAAGCUCCGGUGCAAACAUGCUUGAAAUCAGUGCAGCUUCUAUAAACGACAUGUGGGUUGGAAACAGCGAGAAGAAUGUGCGGGCCGUCUUCUCUCUUGCUCGAAAACUGUCACCCGUGGUCGUAUUCCUUGACGAGGCGGAUUCACUCCUCGGCUCGCGGGCGCGCCAGCCCAAUAGAGGCGGAUACAGAGAAACGAUCAAUCAAUUCUUGCGCGAGUGGGAUGGCUUGACCAAUGCACUGAACACACAACAAAUCUUCGUUUUGGUCAGCACAAACUCUCCACAAGACCUGGAUGAGGCCGUUCUGAGGAGACUUCCAAGGAGGAUACUUCUUGACCUUCCUUUGAAAGACUCAAGGCUAGCGAUCCUCCAGUCUUUGCUUAGAGACGAGCUGUUGGACCCUGCCGUCUCGCUCGAGCAACUCGCAUCCGACACAGAGCUCUACAGCGGCUCGGACCUGAAGAACCUAGCCGUGGCGGCAGCCAUGGAGGCAGCCAAGGAGGAGUUAGCGGCGAAGAAGACAGACGUGGCGUACAUGUUCCCAGCGAAGCGUAUCCUGACCAAGGCGCACUUCGAAAAGGCGACCAAGGACAUCAGCGCCUCCAUCUCAGAGGACAUGCAGAGCCUCAAGGCUCUUCGCAAGUUUGACGAACAAUACGGGGACGCCAGACGGAAGAAGAAGAGGAGCAAUAUGGGUUUUGAGGUCGUGCCUCAGGUCGCCAAGUCCGAGGACGCGAGGAUCAGGAAAUGA